AAGGAAUGUUUUGGGGCUAGAAAUCAUCCAGAAAACUACAGAGAAGAUAGAUAUCAUUCGGACCAGAAUGAAAGCAGCUCAGAGCCGGAAAAGAGUUAUGCUGAUAAUCGCCGACGCGAGUUAGAAUUUGAGGUCGAGAAUAAAGUGUUUUUGAGGAUAGCACCAAUGAAAGGAGUUAUGAGGUUCGAAAAAAAGGGCAAGUUGAGCCCAAGAUAUAUCGGGCCCUUUGAGAUUCUUGAUCAGGUUGGACAGGUUGCUUAUCGGGUAGCACUCCCACCUUCUCUUACGGGGAUGCAUAAUGUAUUCCAUGUUUCCAUGUUGAGGAAGUACAUCUCCGACCCCACUCACAUUCUUGACUAUGAGCCAUUACAAAUUCAAGAAGAUUUGACUUAUGCUGAAGAACCAAUUUGUAUAAUAGAAAGGAAAGCACAUGUAUUACGGACUUGGACCAUUCCUAUGGUUAAGGUGUUAUGGAAUAAUCACACUGCAAAUGAAGCAUCUUGGGAACUUGAAGAAGAGAUGCGAGUUAAGCACCCAGGACUUUUUGGUGACAGUUUUGAUAACUUGCAAAUAAAUUCUGAGUAUGGAAUUUCGUUAAGGGGGGAGGAUGUAAGACCCAAGCCACUGCGCAACCCAAACCAGAUUUAG